UGUCAUUCGCGCAGAAAAAAAAAGUGUCACAAAAAAGCUUUUGUGAAUGUUGGGGACUCCUUUGAUAUUAUUUACAAAUUACCAACAAAUUCUCGAUCAAUUUCACGCCAGUUUUUUCUGCCAAGAUAAGUGAUGAGUGCGAACGACAAAGGCGAUGGAAUCUCCCGGGAGGAAUGGCAGUCUAGAUUGGAAACGUUUCCUUUCAAGCAAGACGACAUUAAUAAGUUGAUUAUGAACUAUUUGGUUACAGAGGGUUUUAAAGAGGCAGCGGAAAAAUUCAAGGAAGAGUCUGGAGUGGAACCAUCGGUAGAUCUGAGCUCCCUCGAUAACAGGAUUCUUAUAAGGGAAGCAGUUCAGAAUGGGCGAAUACAAGAGGCAACCCAUUUGGUCAAUCAGCUUCAUCCGGAAUUGUUGGAUAACGAUCGCUACCUUUACUUCCACCUUCAGCAGCUGCAUCUAAUCGAACUGAUCAGAGCUGGAAAGAUUGAGGAGGCCCUUACUUUUGCGCAAACACAAAUCUCCGAAGCUGGCGAAAGCAACCCAGAGGUACUCAACGAACUAGAAAGAACGCUGGCCUUAUUGGCUUUUGAGAAACCUCAAAACAGUCCGUUUGCUGAUUUGCUGGACCAAACACACCGGCAGAAGGUCGCCAGUGAGCUGAAUGCAGCGAUACUACGUAUGGAGCACCAGGAGCAAUCCAGUCCGCGUAUGAUAAAUGUGCUGAAGCUGAUUCUAUGGGCGCAAGCGGAAUUGGAUAAGAAGAAUGUAAAAUAUCCCAAAAUGGUUGACCUGGCGACGGCAACCAUCGAUCCGAAAUAAAACUGGUAGCAGUAACUUAACUUUGUGGUACAUGUUUGAUCAAAAUAUAAUAUUGAGAGACUUAUUUGCAUUGACAUUAAAGAAAGUUAUUUUCUUUUUUUUUUGGUUCUUCGAAUUAAAAUAAAUGAACGAUGAUGAAUCCCAAUGAUAUGGAAAUAUCAAAUAUGGGCAACGAUAAUAAUAAGAUUGAUUUCUUAAGUUGAAGUUGAAUUGUACAUGAGUUUAAUGAUUUUUCCUCUUAUAAUAUUGUUUUAGUACACAGCGUGUCUUAUUGGAUUCUUCCAUGCAUCGGCUAAGGUUUUGUUUUUGAUUUUGUAGCAAUUGAGUAUGAAAUAUGUACGGUAAUUGAAUAUUUCAAUAAAACUUUAAUCGCAGAUGUCAAUAACAAUAAAUAAAUACGAAAGACUA